GGUUGUCCACUACAGCUGUGUCUACUCAUGUUACCCACAAUCCUUUUAAAGCUAUCUUUCUAACUUUGUUAGGAGAACAAACAUAUGGCUAAUGUUAAGUGCAAAUAAAUGGUUCAGUUCUUUGACGGUUGCAUUGAGCUAAUUGGGCAACAUUUGUUAAGUAUCGUGUAUUACUGUAUUACUUUGUUUUACACAGUACAGUGGAACAUUGUCCAUUCAAAAGACACCUCAAAAGGAAAUGUAAGCUGUGGAACUGUUUUUUUAAUAGUAGACUACUUCUACGUGUCGGAAGUAAUAUUGUCUCACUCUUGACAUCUGCCCCAUCUCAUCCUGUCAGUUUAACUGCAAGGGGGCUAAAUGCGGUGAUGGCUAUUAAAGAGAUUGACCUUUCACAUCUCAUUACUACUGGACACACACGACCUCUGAUGAAGACAGUCAUCUCGUGCAGAGUUUGGCCAUUUUGCCUUAAGGAAUAGCCUGUCCUUUUAGCACGCAUCACAACAGACUCUUUCAGUGCACCCUGCUGCAGGAUGUGUGAGUGAGGUACUAGAAACACAAGUCGUUUUCUGCUCUGGAAUACAAGGGAAUCAUCAAUGACAAUGAGAUGGAUUCACAUUUACGAUUUAGACAGGUUUAGUUCAGUAUUUAGGAGGAUCCAAAUAGAAAUAUCACUAAUUUUUUAUUUAGACAUCUGAUGUUUUAGCAUGUGUAUUGAACAGCAGCUGUACGAGCAAAAAAGGCAGUGUGGUAGUCAACUUAAUUCCUUUCUGAUUACACUCAGAUGUAAGAAUGAAUCUUCUUAUGUCCCUAGUCGAAUUCUUUGGCAGCGAAAGCCUCAGUUCUGUUUGUUAUUGAUGUCCUGGGAGGACCUCAGGAGCCAUGGGAAAUGUCUCUGUUUGGUAAACGAGCGAGAGAGCAUUCCUCAAAGCAACACGCUGUCUAACCCCCUGACAUCACACCAUGCAGCAUCUGACAUGUUGGAAAUGACGCCUGUAGUCUCUUCAAAUAAACACCGAUUGGUUAACACACUCCUUUUCAUCUCCAAGACCUCUUCCCAGGCUUCCUGCGUUUGUGCGCCUUUGAACAGAGCUCUAACCGGCGAACCUUUUCUGCUGUUGCUUUUGUAUGUUUCAGCUCAAGCCCCCUUUCGGAAAGCAACCAUGAGCGUGAACGCCAACGACCUGAGUGAGCUGAUGGAGCUGUGGGAGGAGCUCAACUUCACGGGCGAGCACGACGACAACCUGUCCCACGUGGAGGCGCUGAUGUGUCCCGCCGCGUUCAGUCACGACGCCGUCUUCUACACCCUCUCCGUCCUCUACAUCUUCAUCUUCCUGGUGGGCCUGGCCGCCAACUCCCUCGUGGUCUGGGUGAACGUCCGCUCCGAGAGGAACCGCUACGAAACCCACCUGUACAUCCUGAACCUGGCGGUGGCCGACCUGUGCGUGGUGGCCACUCUGCCCGUGUGGGUCAGCUCCCUGCUCCAGAAAGGCCACUGGCCGUUCGGCGAGGCCGUCUGCAAGAUCACCCACCUGGUGUUCAGCGUCAACCUCUUCAGUAGCAUCUUCUUCCUCACCUGCAUGAGCAUGGACCGCUACUUGUCCGUGGUGCUCUUUGGAGAAUCCUCCAACAGCCGUUUGAGGAGGGUGGUCCGCCAGCUCAUCUGCAUCCUGGUGUGGGUGCUGGCGCUGGUCGCGUCCCUACCGGAUACCUACUUCCUCCAGGCGGUCAAGUCGACCCAUUCCGACAGCAUCAUGUGUCGGCCCGUGUAUCCGGUCGACAGCUCCCGCGAGUGGAUGGUCGGCAUCCAGAUGAGCUUCUUCGUCCUGGGCUUCGCCAUCCCCUUCCCCAUCAUCGCCAUCUUCUACCUCCUCCUGGCCACGUCGAUUCCUUCCGGCGCGGACAACGAGCGGCGGGUCAGCCGGAAGAUCAUCCUCACCUACAUCGUGGUGUUCCUCGUCUGCUGGCUGCCCUACCACGGGGUCCUCCUCAUGGACUCGCUGUCGCUGCUGAACGUUCUCCCCUUCAGCUGCCGCCUGGAGAACUUCCUGUUUGUGGCGCUGCACUUCACCCAGUGCUUCUCUCUCCUCCACUGCUGCGUCAACCCGGUCAUAUACAACUUCAUCAACAGGAACUACCGCUACGACCUCAUGAAGGCCUUCAUCUUCAAGUACUCCACCAAGACGGGCCUGGCCAAGCUCAUCGACACCUCGCGGGUCUCUGAGACCGAGUACUCGGCUGUGGCCGUGGAGAACCACUCCCAGUUGUGAGGGGUGGUGUCACGAUAUGGCUUACUCACGGAAGAGACUCUACCAAAGCCCCACCAAGCUUGAAAACGCCACUUCUCCCGUGCGUACUUUGCACUGCAGAAUCAGUUUAUGAGGCACUGUAAAACACAAUGACCAAACCAAUAUCUGUAGGUCUGCAUUUCUCUUUGUUAUUUUAUACUGGUAUUCCCCUUAUCUGAGUCCUGUCAGAUGUAGUAACAAGCCCGUUCAUUUGUACUUUAUUUUUCAAAGCACUUCAACUGAACUAGAGACUGGGUGUCACCUAAUCUGAUGGGUUUAUGACAACAUAAACACUCUCACACACACACACACACACACAUAUACACACAUAUACACACUUCCCCCAGACGGAGCCAGAGGGAAAGACUAGAAGCUCUCUAAGUCUGUGUUUAUCUGAGUUUGCUGUUGUCAGUUGCUCAGAUUCCAUCACACUUGAGCUAAUAGGACAGACAGAAGAGCCAGACAUUCUCCCAGGUUUUACAGGUCUAGAAAAGGGUUUACACUCGAUUCUAACCUGAGGGAAGCUGACAAAGUAUUUGACUCUGUGAGGAAGGUUUUAGCAGUUUGACCUGCUCUGUGUUUACAGGGAAGUGUGGAAUGUCAAAGGGAACAGUGAAUGAAGGAGACAAGACUCGAGAGAUUACUAGCAGGACUAUACGGCCUAAUUUUGUUCAGUUGUACAGAAAGUAAAUACUGUGUGUAUUUUAUGUUUAUUAGCUGUACUGCUUCUGUACGCUUUUGUAAAGGAGGGUUCAGUUUUGACGGUCUGGCUUCUGCCGGAUUCAGACGCAACAGACAAGUUUGGAUAAAACCGUUUUGAGCAGUUUCAGAGAGUUUUGUUGUGUUGUUUCUGUUUGGAACUGGAAUUGUCAUAAUUCACCCUUUUACAUUUGACCCCCCACAGUAUGGACAUUCUAAAAGUGGUUCUUGAAUGUUCCAUCUGAAUAUUCCUUUAUAGGUUAAGGCUAUCCCAUGUUGCAUUGUACUGUAUAAUGAAGGUUCAUAGUUCACAUUCAAAUUCAAUUGGAAACAGAAAUUGUAUAUAUUUUGUAAAUAUCAUAUUUAUAUCUCUUUAACUGUACUGUAUGUGCAUUUACUUGUAAAGUUUGUAUAUGGCAUACAAAUGCAUCUGCUAUCAAUACUGUACUUUUAUACCAAACAAUUCAGAUACUGAAUCAAUGAAAGUGUGCUUUGUGAGUGGGGUUAACAAUGUUUAUAAUAUUUCAAUAUAUAAUAUUCUAUUAUAUAAUAGUCUAUUAUAAACAUGUGAGACUGUAUAAUGUUCUGUAUGUUAGACAUUUUGCAAACAUUUAUAUUUUUCUUAAAAGAAAUCAAUGGCUGCUCAAUUGUAAAAUGCUAGAUAAAAGACAACGCAAAUGUACAAAUUUGUAAUGCUGCCAAGACACAUUUCUUUAUAUACUCUUAAGAAAGACUUUUCUGUAAGUUGGUUGAUGUCUGCCAAUGCUGUUGUUCAAAUAAAUACAAUAAUGUCUAAAACUAUA